UGACGUCAUGUCUGAAAAAGGCGGAAGUGAAGCGAACGAUAACAACAACCGGAGAAUCGGAGAUUCCGAAGAAUCGAAACAAAAGAUUAUUAAAUGAAACCAUGAUUUCAUGUUUAUAGUAAAAUGCAGCUUGGUUUAUACCGGAUGCACUGUGUGGCUACUGACAAACAUCUGGAGAGCCCAGGGGUCUGCCAGAGGCCCCCUAAUGAUGAGUCAUGUGACGAGGAGAUGGACACACAUGAGGCCAAAUGGAACUGGUUUUACCUUGCUGAAUGUGGCGUUUGGCAUAUGUUUGAAGAAGUUCCCAGCCCAGGUUGUUCUGUCACCACUGAGCAAAUUGAGCAAAACUACUUGAAAAGUCAGACUGGUUCAAUGGACUUCUACACUGCUAAAUAUACCUAUAAAUUAGACUUUUCCACUAUGAAACAAGUAAAUGUGACAACUGGAAAAGAGAGGCCCAUCAAACGAGCCUUAAAUUCAGCUACUGAUUUUAGAUUCAUCUGUGAUAACUUUGCCCUCCCUGUUCCCAGUCACUGGGAAAGGGUUAAUACAGCUGAGCCCUAUCAGCUGAUUGCUUUAAACAGAGACACAUUUGAGUAUAAAGAAGUGGCCCGGUUAUAUGAGAGAACCAUGAGUCAGCCCAUCAGAUCCAUUCAGAGAAUACAGAACCUGGACCUGUGGGAGUUUUUCUGCAGGAAGAAGGCCCAGCUGAGAAAAGUCAAGCGUGUCGUAGACAUUGAAGAAAAGAUGCUUUUUCACGGAACAGGCCACAGCAAUGUACAGGCCAUAUGUACAUACAACUUUGAUUGGCGUCUCACUGGAAGCAAUGGUGAUGUCUAUGGCAAAGGAAGCUAUUUUGCUCGUGACGCGAAGUAUUCCAGCAAGUUUUGCCAUUCGACUAGCAAGCAUAACUUUAUCCUACAGAGACAUGGUCUAGCACCCCCCAUCUUCCAGAAUGAGCCACCAUACAGGUGUAUGUUGCUGGCAAGGGUUCUAGUUGGGGAAUAUACAGUGGGUCACCCUCUGUACUGCAGACCGCCUUCUAAGGACACGAGCAUUGCCAACUUCUUUGACAGCUGUGUGGAUGACAUGAUGAACCCCAAGAUCUUUGUCAUAUUUGACAGCAACCAGAUAUAUCCAGAGUACCUUAUUGAAUUUUACUGAAGAUAACAAUUACCAAAGAAACCUGACUGACUUUUUUCCAUUCUAAUAAACUUGGACACUAAUUUUCUCACAGCAGCGUUGGAAAAGUUACAGAUUCUUUGAAAGUGCCUUUGGGGGCCUAGAUGACAUGUAUUUAAUGUAAAUUUGUAAAUGUGGACAAAAAAUCAAUAGGCACCAUUUCUUCUUGCUUUGAUGGUCAGUUUUUGCAUCCCAUUUAUUGUUAUUAAGGCAGAUGUUAACACAGCAACUUAUUUGUUAAUAUGAAUUAGUUUAUGAAACACUGAUAAAAUACUUUUUAAAGACAGUUUAUUCAUUUCAAUAUUGUUCUUUUUUUUCGUUUGUAAAUCUUAAUAUUCAGGGAAUUAGGCAGAGUUGGACAGUAACUUUGAAGGAUUAACUGCAUGAAAGAUGCCUUGCCAUUCAUUUUCUUUACAGAGUCCUGCCUUGGGGAAACUCAAGUGCUGUGUGAAAUACUAUGGUACUAUGGAAAAACCUGUUGGUAGACAUUGACCCUGAGUGAUUACAUGGAUACCGGGAACCCAAGCAAUGUUCUUUCAUCUGCAAUAUGUAACUUUUUUGUUGUUGUUAUGGUUUUUCAUAAUCUACCUCAUGAUAUGUAUAUAAGCUCCAGGAUACGUAUGUCCAACAAAAGAAAGUUGUGUUUAUGGCCAGUUGUCAAAAAACAUGCAAUAAAUGUAAACUAAAAGUGCAUAUAUUGAAAGGAUCAACUUAAAAGACCAUUUACUUAAAUUAUUUACCAGACACUUCAACCAUGUGCAAUUUGCAUAUAAUACAGGCAAAUGCCAUGAAAUUCAGUGUACAAUAAUACAAGCAGAACAGCCAAAUUUACCAGCAAACGGUAAUAACACCAAGCAUAAUGUCAGACUUUGACAGGAUAUAAUUUUUAUCAUUGAUAAAAUAUUUUCCUUGCCAAAAUGCCCAAUUCCUUUUCCUUAUAAAACCUUGCUGUCAACUGUAUUUAUUUAUUGAAUUUACUUAGAUUACUGUAUAUGUUUGUGUCACUGGCUGUUAUUUCAUCCUCAUGCUGUUAUUGUAUAUUGAAUGUUCAGUUAGAUUAGCACAAACUCACAACUGGCACUGAAGCAGACUGCAAAUAAAUCGUACACGUGUCCUGUAGUGUGACAUAGCAGAAUUUUGAAAACAAACGUUUCAUUUUACAUUGUUUAUAUUAAUAUUUAUAUUCAUGAUAUACAGUAAAAGUGCAUAAGAAAGAUUUAUCUUUAUUUUAGAUUAUAUGAUUAAUAUUUAUAUUUAUCAUAUAAAAGACCAUAAGAAAGAUUUAUCUUUAUUUGAGUUUUUUUUCUUGCUGUCACACCAUAGCACAAAUUUCCAUAUUAGCCUGUCAACUACCCAAAUACACCUUUUUGAGUGUGAAACUUUUGUGUCAAGUACAGCACAUUAAAGAGGUAUUGUUUUGAUAAAAUUCUCCAAAUGGUCUCAAUUAUAUCAAUCUUCCCAAUGAGAUUACAUUAAAUAAUCCUUGAUUUCAUGUACAUUUUAUUUUUAAUACAUCAUUUAUGUAUGCAAAGGCCUGUUGUAGGUUAUAGUGU